AUGCCGUCGUUAAAAAAUGCCAUUCUCCUCUCAAUCGCCACCUCGUUUCUGUAUUUUCGGAUUAUGCGUACUUUCGAUGUGGAUAGUUAUAUGACCACCUACAUAUACCUAUUCAUCUGCACGACUUUCUACGUGCUCUACGAGCUGGACUAUAAGCGGCGACGCCUCCCGAAUGGGCCAAUGCCAUGGCUUGUUGCUGGAAACAUGUCAAGUUUUGUAAAUGUAAAAAACGUGGACGACUUAUUCCAGUCGUGGAAGAAACGAUAUGGAGGGAUAUUCACUGUGUGGAUCGGACCGAUUCCGUUGGUUAUGGUAUCCGAUCUCCCGACCAUCAAGAAGUACUUCAUACAACACGCCGACGCGUUCUCCAAUCGGUGGCGUAAUUUUGUGACCGAUUCGAUUAUGGAAGGCUCCAAUGGAAUUGUUCAAAUCGACGGCGACAAGUGGAGGGAGCAACGGAGAUUCGCAUUACAUACGUUGAGGGAUUUUGGGGUUGGAAGACCACUGAUGGAGCAGAUGAUAACGUUGGAGGUCACCACCCUCAUGAGCCAUAUGGAAAAGUCUUGCGGUCCAAACUGCAAAGAACUGCAACUGUGUCCCUCAAUAGCUGUCUGUGUGGGAAAUAUCAUCAACAACAUGCUCUUCGGUCUGCGUUUCAAUCAAGACAACUCGUACAUGCAUCGUCUUCACAACCUGCUCGACGACCAGUCCCAUACAGUAAUGCAACCGAUUAUGGGAGCCUAUAUAGCCUUCCCGAUCACUACAAAAGUUCCCAUGAUCAAUGGGGAAUGGAAUCGACUUAUGGGUAUUAAGAAGGAGCUCCUCGAGUUUUUGGAGGGACAAAUCCAGAAGCAUCGGGAUGGAUGGAGGGAUGAGAUGAUCGAGCAGGAGCCCGAGGAUUUGACCUACGCGUAUAUGAUUGAGGUGGAGAAGAGGAAGAGGAAUGGAGAGAAUGUUGGGUUCUUUGACGACCAACAACUGAAAAUGUUGCUCCUCGACCUCUUCUUCGCUGGUAUGGAAACUACAGUAACCACAUUGAAAUGGGCAUUCCUCCUAAUGGCUAAAGACCAACACGUCCAGAAGAGAGUACAAGAGGAGUUGGACAGUAUCUCCCAGCCAAUGAUAGAGAUUCAACACCGUACCCGUCUUCCCUACGUCCAGGCGACAAUAAAUGAAAUCCAACGGAUUGCCAACAUUCUGCCGAUCAACUUAUUGAGAACAGUCGCAGAAGACAUCGAUAUUGAUGGAUAUCAAUUUCAUAAGGGAGACCUCAUUAUUCCACAAAUAUCGAUUCUCAUGAAUGACCCUGAAAUAUUCGAGAAUCCAGAAGUGUUCAACCCGUCGAGAUUCCUGGAUGACGGGAUGAAUGUGAAGAAGAUUGACGAGUUCCUUCCGUUUAGUAUCGGAAGGAGGCAGUGUCUUGGGGAAUCGUUGGCCAGGGCGGAGUUGUACUUGAUUUUUGCGAAUUUGAUGCAGAAUUUCAGCUUUGAAGUGGCGGACGAGGUGACUACUGAGCGAGUCCUCGGCCUUACCGUAUCCCCAGUCGAAUACUCCUGCAAGAUCACCCGACGAGAUAUGGAUCAUAAUCAGAACUUUGUUAAACCAUAA